AAGCUAUACAAACGGAUACGUUCACACAUUUACAAAGCUUACAGAGCUUUAUGUAGCUGUGGUUGAAGACUGUCACUAUAAGAAACAUGGAGAUGGGAGAGUAUGCCAAAUCACCAGCUAAUGAAAGAACAAAUGGACGAGCACAAAGAGAUCCAGGUCAGAAUACUUCAAGAGGGUCAAAAACCUACAUUUUGAUGGCAGUCAGCUUCGGCCUGCUGUUCAUCGUACAGUCCGCUCUCAAUGUCUCAUUUUGGCUGCAAGUAGCUGAAUGUUCUACCCAGUCCAACAACGCUUCGACGAACAAUUUCAUCAAAAUGUCAGCUGUUGACAUUGAAGCCUUGAUUUUAGAGAAAGACCGACUGGUUCAAGAGAAGAAGCAACUGGUUCAAGAGAAGGAUCAACUGGUUCAAGACACAAAGCAACUGGUUCAAGAGAAGGAUCAACUGGUUCAAGACAAUAAGCAACUGGUUCAAGAGAAGGAUCAACUGGUUCAAGAGAAGGAUCAACUGGUUCAAGAGAAAGACCAACUGGUUCAAGAGAAGGAUCUACUGGUUCAAGAGAAGGAUCAACUGGUUCAAGAGAAGGAUCAACUGGUUCAAGACACAAAGCAACUGGUUCAAGAGAAGGAUCAACUGGUUCAAGACAAAAAGCAACUGGUUCAAGAGAAGGAUCAACUGGUUCAAGAGAAGGAUCAACUGGUUCAAGAGAAGGAUCAACUGGUUCAAGACAAAAAGCAACUGGUUCAAGAGAAGGAUCAACUGGUUCAAGAGAAUAAUCAACUGGUUCAAGAGAAGGGUCAACUGGUUCAAGACAAAAAGCAACUGGUUCAAGAGAAGGAUCAACUGGUUCAAGACAAAAAGCAACUGGUUCAAGAGAAAGACCAACUGGUUCAAGAGAAGGAUCAACUGGUUCAAGAGAAGGAUCAACUGGUUCAAGACAAAAAGCAACUGGUUCAAGAGAAAGACCAACUGGUUCAAGAGAAGGAUCAACUGGUUCAAGAGAAGGAUCAACUGGUUCAAGACAAAAAGCAACUGGUUCAAGAGAAGGAUCAACUGGUUCAAGAGAAGGAUCAACUGGUUCAAGACAAAAAGCAACUGGUUCAAGAGAAGGAUCAACUGGUUCAAGAGAAUAAUCAACUGGUUCAAGAGAAGGAUCAACUGGUUCAAGACAAAAUGCAACUGGUUCAAGAGAAGGAUCAACUGGUUCAAGACAAAAAGCAACUGGUUCAAGAGAAUGAUCAACUGGUUCAAGACAAAAAGCAACUGGUUCAAGAGAAGGAUCAACUGGUUCAAGACAAAAUGCAACUGGUUCAAGAGAGGAAUCAACUGGUUCAAGACAAAAAGCAACUGGUUCAAGAGAAUAAUCAACUGGUUGAAGAGAAGGAUCAACUGGUUCAAGACAAAAAGCAACUGGUUCAAGAGAAGGAUCAACUGGUUCAAGACAAGGAUCAACUGGAUCAAGAGAAGGAUCAACUGGUUCAAGACAAAAAGCAACUGGUUCAAGAGAAGGAUCAACUGGUUCAAGACAAGGAUCAACUGGAUCAAGAGAAGGAUCAACUGGUUCAAGAGAAGGAUCAACUGGUUCAAGAGAAGGAUCAACUGGUUCAAGACAAAAAGCAACUGGUUCAAGAGAAGGAUCAACUGGUUCAAGACAAAAUGCAACUGGUUCAAGAGAAGGAUCAACUGGUUCAAGACAAAAAGCAACUGGAUCAAGAGAAGAAUCAACUGGUUCAAGACAAAAUGCAACUUGUUCAAGAGAAGGAUCAACUGGUUCAAGACAAAACGCAACUUGUUCAAGAAAGAGAUCAACUGAUUCAACAAAAGGAUCAACUUGUAAAGGAAAGCAAAGAGCAAACGGCCAAUAACACCAACCUGGUCAAUGACAACACACGGUUAGGACAGAUGGUCACCGAACUACAAAAUCAAAUUCAGUCGGAACAGAACAUCCCAUGUUGUCCCAGUGGAUGGCAGAGCCACAAUUCCACCUGUUACCAGCUUUCCUCAAGUGAGAAUACCUGGCAGCACGCAAAAGAAGACUGUGAGAGCAAAGGAUCUCAUUUGAUGAUUUUGUAUGAUGAAGGAGAAGAGAAAGUUGUCCGUGGAUUUGGAGGUGAUGCCACACUGUGGAUGGGCCUGAGUGGUAACGUGAAUAGGCAAAACAACAAAUGGGAAAUGACAACGGUGGAUUCAAUCCCCUGGUGUUAUACGAACUGGAAGGAUCCUAUACAGAAUGUUGGGAGUAACAUUUCCUGUGCAUAUGUGGACUAUGACCCGUCGUAUUUGAAGACCUGGACCCUGGUCAGGUGUCAAGAACAACACAAGUGGAUGUGUGAGAUGAAGCGUGCCUCUAUCUGCCAACAGAACAUCCCAUGUUGUCCCAGUGGAUGGCAGAGCCACAAUUCCACCUGUUACCAGCUUUCCUCAAGUGAGAACACCUGGCAGCACGCAAAAGAAGACUGUGAGAGCAAAGGAUCUCGUUUGGUGAUUUUGUAUGAUGAAGGAGAAGAGAAAGUAGUCCGUGGAUUUGGAGGUGAUGCCAAACUGUGGAUGGGCCUGAGAGGUGACCUGAAUAGGAAAAAGAACAAAUGGGAAAUGACAACGGUGGAUUCAAGCCCCAGGUGUUAUGGAAACUGGAAGGUUCCAACACCGAGUGUUGCGAGUAACAUUUACUGUGCAUAUGUGGACUAUCACACGUCGUCUCUGAAGAACUGGUUCCUGGUCAGCUGUCAAGAACAACGCAAGUGGAUGUGUGAGAUGAAGCGUGCCUCUAUCUUCCGUAAAUAAGACUCAACCCAUCAAACACAUCUGCAAUCAGUCUGUCUCUCAAUCACAAACACAGACACAUUUAUUUAAAGGGGCCCUCUUGUGAUUUUUGGGGUUGUCCCUUUCCUGUAGUGUGUUCUAUUGGUUUUUGUGUAUGUAAAUGGUCUACAAAGUGUUAAAUGUGCUGUAUAAAUAAAUAAAGAUUGCAAAGGCUAAAAUCCCAGAGGGAGUUUCUCUCCACUCCCCACUCUGAUAUCUCGGUUGACUUAUUUAAGAGCUUGUUUUUAGAAAGCAACACCACUGAAAUGCACCAUUCAAAUUCAGUUUGUACUCAAGCUAUUUGCAUGUUUUCAAUAUAAGAAAUUAAUUGGUUAAUCUCCAGAUGCCUUGAAAGUGUAAACACUUUGUGAAUAUGAUUAGUUGUACUAACUGCUGGUGACCACUAGAGGGUGUUAUUUCAAUAUUUGUAGCCAUGUUUUGAACUUUCUGUGGCAUGCAUGUUGAUGAAGUGUGUUUUCAUUAUAACCAAGGCUGGGUUAUUACUCUUAGGGAGUCGUUUGCAGUGUUUCAGGCAAACAUCAAGCUUGCAAUGUACUCUCUAAAUGUAUUUUAAAGCAUUUUUAGAAGAGUUGACUUUGUGGCAACAUGGUUACAGAGUUAGCUUUGACCUUUAAAUACAUUUUAGUAAACUUA